AUGUUCCUUGCUGAUGGGACGUACCCCAUUGACAUUUGGAGUUUUGGAAUCACAGCUUGGAUGAUUGUCCAGGGUGACUUUCUGUUCGAACAUUGUCUUCGCAGAGACUACGGAGAGGAAUGUCAAUUUGUAUGUCCGUGCCACUACGAUGCAGACAGGCAGUUCGCAGACAUCGUCCGGCUUCUUGGCCCACCUCCUGCGGAUAUCCUGAAGCCUAGAAGCAAAGCCCUUGACUAUUUUGACCCAACUGGAAAACUCAAGUCCGACAAAUUCAAUGUGGAGAAAAGAACCUUCGAAUCGGCGGAGACAAUUAUGGAUGAGGACUCGGAAGAGAAAGCACUAUUUUUGGACUUCAUUCAUGGAAUGAUUCAGUGGAGACCUGAGGAUCGGAAGAUAGCUGCGGAACUACUCAAAGACCCAUGGUUGAAUAGCUAG